AUGGAUGAAGAUAGUGUAAGGGACUAUUUAUUUUCAAUCACUGAUGAGCAAGCUGAAUGCUCUGAUAUUGAUGGUGAUUCAGAUUUUGAAGACGGAUUAUUAAUAACUAGUCCACAGCACAAAAAUACAAGAAGUACUUCAUCACAAUCUGAUUCUCCAGCAUAUGAACCAGAUGUAACCAAAUCACCAACCAUACCAGUAUCAAGUAUAUCUAGUAGCACAACACCACCUACUCUCAAUUUUUCUCCAAAUGAUUUUGACAUUAUGAGUAUGCCCAUAGAAAUAAUUGAAAAUGGUGAUGUGUCUACUGAAAUAAAUGUAGAUAAUAUUGUUUCUCCUAACAUUUUGCCAAUAAGCAACAAAUUAACAAAAAAAAAAAAAAAAUUUCCUCAACCAACAUUGAUUUUCAAAUGGAAAAAAAGAGGUUGUAGACCUAAAACAUUUAGGAGAUAUAAAUUCACACAACCUUUUGGACCCAAAGUACCUGUUGAUAUAAAUAGUCCAAUUGAUAUUUUUAAACUGUUUUUUGAUGAUGAUAUUCUAUAUACUUUCAAGACUCAAUCUGAAUUAUAUGCUGCUCAAUGUAAUCAACAAUUUGUUACUUCAAUUGAAGAACUACAAGCCUUUUUUGGCUGUCUCAUCAUAAUGGGAUUUCAUAAAUUACCUACUAUUCGUUCUUACUGGUCAACAGAUGCCAAUUUUCAAGUCCCAAGGAUAUCAUCUAUUAUGUCAUUAAAAAGAUUUCUGUCUAUACUACGAUUUCUCCAUUUGAAUAAUAAUUUAACUAUGCCUAAACGGGGACAUGUUAAUUAUGAUAAAUUAUACAAAGUGCGACCGCUGAUCAACAAACUAAAUGAAAAGUUUUUUUCAAAUUUCAACCCAUCUAGAAAUAUUGCUAUAGAUGAAAGUAUGGUUGCUUUCAAGGGAAGAACCACAAUUAAACAAUAUAUGCCACUUAAACCAAUCAAACGAGGUAUAAAAAUUUGGGCAGCUGCAUGUUCUAAGACUGGAUACCUACUACAGUUUGAAGUAUACCAAGGCAAGCAAGGAGAUCCAGAAAUUGGUCUUGGAGAAAAAGUUGUGACACAUUUAGCUAAUCUUUAUGACAACAAAGGCUAUUGUUUUUAUUUUGAUGGGUUUUUCAGUAAUAUUCCUAUGGUGAAAAAUAUGGUUGAGAAAAAUAAUUUUGCAUGUGGUACUAUCAAAUCAAAUAAAAAAUAUUUUCCAUCUAGUGUUCUAAAAGAUGACAAAAAACUAAAACAAGGUCAGUUUGAUGUAGUUACUUCUAAUGAAAUAACUAUAAGUAAGUGGAAAGACAGAGGAAAAAAGUGUGUAAAUGUAAUUAGUAAUAUGCAUGAUGGCAGUUGUAUUGGUUCUGUUUCUAGAAGAGACAAUCUAGGAGUUAAACAAGUAGUGAAGGCUCCAGCUGCUAUUGUAGACUAUAAUAAGUAUAUGGGGGGUGUCGACCAUUUUGAUCAGUUUCAUUCUUACUACAAUGUGGCCUGGAAGUCCAGAAGAUGGUGGCUAAAAAUAUUUUAUUAUCUUCUAGAUGCUUCUAUAGUAAAUUCAUUUGUGCUAUAUCAAACUACUAGUAAUCUCCAUGACCCAAAAUCAUCAAAAUAUACACACCUAAAUUUCAGAUCAACAUUAGCAAAUCAAUUAAUUGGUGAUUAUUCUUCAAAAAAAAAACCGGGUAUUCAAAAGUCAAUGCAAAGAAAAUUGACAAAAAAAACUGGAAAAGUGAUUGUUGGCAACCAAUAUUACCUACAAAAUGUUGGUGAUCAUUUACCAACAAAAGGUACAUAUCGUCGCUGUGGAUAUUGUAGUACUAAAGAGACACAGAAACGUUCAAACAUUAUUUGCAAAAUGUGUGAUAUUGCACUUUGUUUAGAAUGUUUUGCACCCUUCCACAAGAACCCCUAA